AAACGGCCACAUCCUAAAAAGGCCACGCCCCACUCUCUCAUUUAGGCCGCUUUUCUAACGAGAAGCGUCAGACUUUUAGGCCGACGUUCUACUCACGUUUUUAUUUCUCUAAAUCUUUUCACGAUGCAUUUGAAAAAAAACAAAACUGAGAGACCAGCACAAGCUCAGGUAAAAUCAAUAAUGGCCGCAGAGAGCUUCGUCAGCUGUGUGUGUGUGAACCAAAUAACUGAAACUAUAGUGGGCGUUAUUAUGAAAGCAAAGUUCAUCGUUCGCUUUUCCAACUGAUGACUUAAAAGCCUUUUAAUCGAACGUUUUAUUCUGACCACAACAAAAACACAUUCAUGACGCAAGAUUUUUUUUUUUUUUAUUGACCAUCGAUUAGCACGUACUCGGUUUUCAUUUCUUAUGGGGGAGACCCCCACACACACACACACACAAAAUGCAACAAAACGAUUUAAACUUUUGUGUGUGUGAAGGUGGCCCUAAGGCCAAAGCAACCCCAUGAAAAUGGAAGAGACCGAAAAAUGUGGGGGACCCUUAUAAUUUUUAUGGAAGCACGGUUGGGUUUACCUGCGCCCGUUUCGAAAUAACCCCCCUCGGUCAUCCGGCCCGUAUUUCUUUUUCGUCUUUGCUUUCGCUCAUUCCUCCUACCUCCCCCUUCUCUUACCACACUAUACGUCUAUAUAACCUUCCCUUCUUCUUCGUCUUUCGGUCGUAACCGAUGAUCACCCGCCCGCGAGCGGCCCGCGGCUGCGUUUUCCUGUGUGUGUGUGCCCCCGACCAUUUCCAAUGGGGGAGAGAGAGAAAGGGGAGGGAGGGGACGUUUUUUCUUUUCGAGUCAACGUGACCGUGUCCAGUCAACCGUUCAUAACUGCAUUUCUUUUGCUCUCUCUGUUAAAAGAAAUGUCAAGAGCGAAGAUUGUAAUCUUUACAUUUCCCCUUCUCUGAGUUUAAAAGAGGGGAAUAGUAUAGUGGUUGUAGUUACAUUUAUAUGUAUGCGAAUAGCUUUUUAUAGUUGAUGAUCAGGCACAGGAGGACUGCAUAACUCACGGUCGGCCAUUGGCCACCGGUUUGAAGUUGAACAGUUUCGAGUCAGAAAAACCCAUCAAAGUCCAGGCAACAAACCGACCAAACUUAAAGCUCAGUUAUUUGUGCUAUUGCAACAUUAUUCACCUUGAGUUUUUAUGUGUGUGACCAGUAACUAUACACACACAUCGACGAGAGUUUAGAACACGCCCGCGGCCCGGGCUUUUCAUGCUCAUUUUCUCUCUCUUCUUCGUCUUCUUCUUAGUCCUCUUCUAACGCACGCCGCCCUCUAUUUCCCUCCCUCUUCUUUUUUCUCCAUCCCCAUCGCCCUUCUUUUGCCUUCACGACGAGUAUAGUUAAGGGCCCGCCACCAUCACGAUAGCCAAGGUCGUGCCAGAGUCACUCUUAGCCUGUGUGUGUUAGUGCGGAUUGCGUUAGUGUUUUGUUUCUUCGUCUUCUUUGCUUCUCUCUCCCCCCUCUCUCUAACCCCGGACGCUAAUAUUAUUUUAUCACCGCCAUUAAAAAAAAAGAAAAAAAAAAAAAAGAGGAUGAAAGAGAAGAAAAUAAGAAAAGAGAAACAUUAAAAACCAUAUGUAAUGUUUCGUCCGAGGCCAUUAGAUUUCAAACGGCGAAAUCUAUCAAAAAAUAUGGUUUGAAAUGUUUUACGUAUUUUUCAAACAGACGAGAGCAAGGUAGUCGUGCACAAAGCAAUAUACAUACUACACAUAUCUUUGAGAAGUAUCUUGAAACAUUUUGGGGUUUUAUUUUUUCGCGUAUAUCCCCAUCGUCUUGUAGCUGUUUAGUAAAGAAGCAAUCCCCCCUCUCGAAAACGAAAGAAAAAAAACCAGUCUGACGCGCCGAGAGCUCAGGCCAGCUAGGGGAGGAGCCAAGUUGUUUGAUGCCAAGUGCAAGGGAGAGCUGUGUGUUGCUAGAGAGCCGAGAGAAAGUUGCGUUGUACUUUCAGCACUGAGUAGAUGAACUGAAAAGCUCAGCUGCUGAUGGUUUGUGUGUGUGUCUGCGUGUGUGUUGUGUGUGUGUAUCGUUAAUAUUGGAGUAAGAGCGACGAACUACCCACCCCUCAACUACUCUAUCGAUAGUGGCUCUAUUUUUUAUCCAUAGUUUGGUGUUGACAUGUUGGCUAGUCCGGAUCACCUUCCGUCAAAGUAUAGGAGCACAGCAGUGGGGACUUGAUUUUUCAAGCAGCCAUACACACACAAAAAAGUCCCAUCACACACGAAAACAAAAUGAAGAACGAUUGCAGCCCGAAAGAUCGCGCCUCUUCGGCUUCGAGAGCUUUGUGGUCAAAAGUUUGAAACUCGAGCGUCCUGUGAUUUUUCGAACCCCCAUCUUGGAUAUAUAUAUUUCAGUGUGCAUCGUCUGUUUUGUUCGUCGCGUUAAAAACGGCCUUUUCGUUUUGUUAAACCAAAGAUUGGAUAUCAUGGCUGCCCAGGAGGCCCUUCAUGGGCUCCACAACACUCCUUAUGUGAAAAAUGAACCAAUGGGCAACAAUGGGUACGACUACAACUACGCCAUCAAUGAAGGACCCUAUGCCAAUCAUCAUUACAACCCGUACAUGCACUAUGGAGAACCUCAGCAUACUUAUGAUCACCUGGCUUCUCAUCACCAACACUAUGCUCAUCAUCAAAAUGGACCUGGCCCCGAAAACCACCACCAUCCCGUUCACUAUCCACAGCCACAGAUCCCAAACCCUCACAUGAAUCAGCAUCAUCAUCCACAUCAUUAUGGGCACGGGAUGGAUGGAGGAAUGAGCCUUAAUCCUCCAUCUCACUACAACAUGAUGCCAUCGAACCCAGCCGGUCCAAUGUACAAAGAAGAAUCUACAGAAGAUCCCUAUAGUUUUGUUGAUGAAGAAACAGGAGCACAUCGAAUUGCAGCAGCACCUGCUGCCAAUUCAGUCAAAGCUGAACCCAAUGCUGUUCCCGUGCCAAAAAAACGUGGUCGAAAGAAGAAAAUUCUACCAGAAUCAACACAUAGGGACGUUGAUCCACAACCGCCAAUGACAAUGGACAGCAUUCUCCCGGUCGGUGCUGACGCCGCCGACGGGCAGCCAGGCAAGCGGAAGUACACCAAAUCUGAACAUUACAAACAGAGGCGAAGACAUGACCGAUUCAACGGCAUGACUGAGGAGGAAGUUCGGUCUAGAACUCUCCCAGAUCAUCUGGCCUCCAACUUGGAUGUCGUUAUUAUUGGAAUAAAUCCAGGCCUUUUUGCUGCAUAUAAAGGACAUCAUUACGCGGGACCGGGAAACCAUUUCUGGAAGUGCCUGUAUCUAGCCGGCCUUGUUCCGGAACCGAUGACGGCUGAUGAUGACUUUAAACUUAUGCAUUUCGGCAUUGGAUUCACUAAUAUGGUAGCCCGAGCUACAAAGGGUAGCGCCGAUCUGACGCGAAAAGAAAUCCGAGAAGGCGGCCGGAUAUUACUGGAAAAGUUACAACAGUACCGGCCAAAGAUUGCCGUCUUUAACGGCAAAGGUAUCUACGAAGUCUUUAGUGGCAAAAAGGAGUUCACCUUCGGCAAGCAGCCUGAAUGUAUUGACGGAACGAAUACAUUCAUUUGGGUGAUGCCGUCUUCGAGUGCCCGAUGCGCUCAACUGCCCAGAGCCAUGGACAAGGUGCCGUUUUACUCUGCGCUAAAGAAGUUCCGCGACUACCUCAACGGCCUCAUUCCCGAAAUCGACGAGAAUGAGGUGAUCUUCAACGACCCGAAAAUUCGCGCGGCUGAUGACGGAACGGAAAUUAGCGAACAUUUAUUGAUUCCUCUAUCGUCGGAUGAUCUGCCGGCCCUAGUGGGCGCUAGCGAGUUCUCAGCCGAUUCUGAACACCCGCAUCAACCAUCCCAGCAACAGAAUCUCCCUGCCUUGCUUCCCAUCGAUGAUGGAUUGGCUGGGCAGUUACCGGUAAAAAAGAAACGCGGUCGGCCCAAGAAAAUCCGGACGGACGGAUCAACUCCCAUCCCGGUGAAACAGUCGAAUGUCUUGGCUGUACAAGCGUCGUCCAGUUCGUCUUCUGCCAUGAACGGGGCGGACUUUGUGAACGGCCAACCGCCAAAGAAGAAACGCGGCCGACCGAAAAAGAUUCGGACGGAUGAAGUCCGUCCGGUGCCGCAAAUGAUGGACGCCAAUGGCGGAUUGAGCAAUUCGUUUGGCGGAGGCGGCGGGAGCAGUAGCUCGAGUCACUCUCACAUGGACAAUAAUCGUGGGCCACAAUCACCUGCUCCGGCCAGUUACAACAUGGCCGGUCAUUCGUUUGUCAAUAAUCAACCCAGUGUAAUCAAUCAUCCGUCAUCAUCAUCCUCCACCUCCAGUCAGCAACUUUCUCAUGCUCUGGACUAUUAUGGCCGAGCGUCCAGCAAUGUCGGAGGACCAUUAUCAGGACUGUGUAAUGACAUGUCUCCUCAUCCAUCCACAUCAUCAACACCUCAACCGGCCACGUCAUCACCUCGUCAAUUGGAAUUCGAUCCCGGGAUGAGAGAAGGCCACCCGAAAACGGAGCACAGAGCCACGCCAGCGGAACUGAAUGGCGAUUCGAGGCAUCAUCCAAUCACUUCGCCUGGCGGUAACAAAUCAGUGGAGCAGCACCACCCACCAGCACCUCCCAGGAGUCAUCCAGGAACUCCGCAGCCCAUGGCUUAUAGACCUACUCCGCCGGCUGCCCCUUAUCAUGUCCCCAAUCAAGUAAAGGAUGUUGCAAGUAAGAGCUUAUCAGGUCUGGAAUCGUUGGUUGACCAAAUUCCAAACAUGGCCGAAGGAGAACAGCAACAACAGCCGCAACAUCAACAACACCAAAACGGCCUACAUGGGCAGCAGCCCGUAGUCGUUUCAACGAGCUUCGGGCAUUACAGUACGGCCCCUACGCAGCCAAGUUUCUCUUAUCCUUCAACGUCAUUCGGCCAUUACGCGCCACACUACACUACCCCCAGUGGAGGAUCGUUUCCUCCCAACCUCUAUAAUCCAGGUGCCCAAGAAUCAGUUUUCAAUAGGACGGGGACAGUGUCGUAUCCGAUGUCGUUUCAAACGUCUCAAAUGAACGGUCGGAGUCCUGCCAUGGCUGCUGGCUUUCCAUACUCUAGUUACGGCCAGACGUACCUCUCUUCCACCGCAUAGUGGGGCGCCAUCUGGUUUCUCUCCCUACAAUCCGCCAGGAUCUGCAGCAGCUCUCGGUUUCCACCCGAGCACUUCUUAUGCCUACGGCACUUCCUACGCCCCUUCCUACACCACCACUCAAGCGGCCAGCUACCUCAAC